GUAAGUAUUGAAUUAAAUUCCCUUGUUUAUGAAACUUUAAACAAAAACUCAUGUGAAUUUUUUUUAAACAUGAAAUGCCUUAAUCAUACGUGGGGCACUUGUAUUGUGAUGGCAAAUUCUUCAUGUUGAGGUUUUGAAUUGAUCUGGUUUUACUGUAUUCAACAAACAUAAAUGAAAAGAGAAAUUUUGAGCUGUCAAAAGUUUUCAAUGUUACAUUUUCAGUAAGCGAUCUAAAGUCGGAGAAAACUAUAAACAGUUUUCUACGUGAAUUUGUUUUUAUUUCGAAGAAAAAUCAAUCAAGAAUUUCACGCUGAACAUAGAGUGGAUGUGACUCUUUUUAUUAUUUUUGAUCUGCAAAAUUUUUCACUCAGUCUGUAGACGAGAGAAUAGUAUUUUUCUUGGUUGAGUUGAAGAAUUGACGAGGUAUAGUAGUUCUAGACAAUAGAGAAUAACAAAUGAAAGAGAAAGAAUUUUGAACAAGAUACAAGUGUACAAAGGCAUGACGUGAACUGUCAAUGCGCUGUUGAACAACUACAGAUGCAUUUGAUAAAUAAGCAAAAAUAAAACUGUAGAUAUUUGCACAAAAGAGCGUAAUACUACAUCAUCGUGGAAGCUCACGGGAGCUGUUGUUACAUUGUUCAUUAGUAAAUUGAAAAUUGAAAGCCUCAACCAAAAUUUAUUACUUUUGUUAUUGAUUUGCGCUUAAGACUGCAACAAAGUGAUUUAAUUGGAUUGCUGUUCGAUUUGUAGUUGAUUCAUUAGUGGUGGUUUUCGCGUAGAAACUUCGAUUUUAAUCGAAUUGUACUAAUCGUCUUGUGAAUCAGAAAAAUAUGAAAAAGAUUCUAUCAAAAUUUGACAAAAAUGAACGAAUGGAGAACAACACCACUGGAUCACUCCAGCGUGAGGCGAGUUGUUUUAUUGGAAAAGUUUUCACUGUGGGUCGAACAGUAGUUACGGUCGAGGACGUUUUAGCUGAAGGUGGUUUUGCUGUGGUGUUUUUGACAAAACCAAAUGGAAAUAGCAGUAGUGGCAAUAAUGUUCGAUACGCACUGAAACGACUCUAUGUUAACAAUCAAGUAGAUUUGAAUGCGGCCAAAAGGGAAAUUCAAAUCGCUAGUAAUUUAUCAGGGCACAAAAAUAUAAUCGGUUACAUUGACAGUAGCAUAACGACACACCCAGGUGGUGUGUUUGAAGUGCUAAUGCUAAUGUCGUACUGCAAAAUGAACGUAUUGUCUAUGAUGAACGCUAAAAUAGGAGUAGGCUUUUCCGAACAGGAAGUGUUACAUAUAUUUUGUGAUAUUAGUGAAGCUGUGUCUCGACUGCAUCACUGUCAAACACCCAUAAUUCACCGUGAUUUGAAAAUUGAAAACAUUCUACAAAACGAUAACGGAGACUUUGUGCUCUGUGACUUUGGCUCCGCCACUGCACGUAUCUUGAACCCAAAGACGCAUGGCAUUUCAAAUGUUGAAGAGGAGAUUAGGAAAUUCACGACUCUCUCGUACCGAGCCCCAGAAAUGGUCGAUCUGUAUGCUGAAAAAAAUAUUACAACAAAAGCAGAUGUUUGGGCAAUGGGUUGCUUACUCUAUAAACUGAUGUUCUUCACAUUACCUUUCGGCGAAAGCAUCUUGGCCAUCCAAAACGGGACAUUCUCCAUUCCAGACAAUUCACAAUACUCGGGUGGCCUACACAAGCUUGUAAAGUAUAUGCUAGAACCAAAUCAAGAAUUAAGACCGAAUAUUUGGCAAGUUUGUGAGGUGGCAUUCAAACUACAAUCAAAGGAAAAUCCUGUUACAAACAUCCAAAAAUCUGAAGCUCCUGUAUUAGAGAACUUACCGAAUCCACAAUUUGAAAGUGAGAAACGUGCAUCUGCUCAAAAAGCAACGGUUGCUCCCAAGCAACAAAUUCUGAGCGAGCUCGGCACAAGUGUUGCUCCUAGACAACGACCGAAAGGCAAUGUGUCUUCUCAAAACUUACCGCUGGUUCUACCCCAAAGUCCUUCGCCAAGAAACACUAUUGCUUCACCUUCACCACAAGUGUUGCAAAGUGGCGAUCCAAAUUUCGAUACAUGCGACAAAUCAAGCAGUAUUUCCCAAACCACAACGCCCGUGUCGCCGUAUGCAAUAAAACAGAAAGCAAAUGUCAUGCAGAGCAAUGACUUAAAAACACCAACAAAACCUGGCGUAAACGAAAAUAUUUUCGAGGCCAAAUUUGCCGACAGUUUCAGUGAUACAACGCAUUCGCCACAAAUGCCACCACCGCCUCCAGUACCAUCAAGCGGCUCAAAAAAAGAUAUUCAUUCACCUACUUCACCAAUGCAUCAGCAACUGCUAAACGCUCCAAAAGCUGUGGCCAGUGGACAUCGUCGAAAUAUGAGUGAUACAUCUGCAUUUAACAAAACAUUCGCAAACGAAACUAAUGAGUUUUUAGCACCAUAUGAAGCAUCCCAUAAAACAAGAGUUAACUUGUCAUUCGGACCAGCUUCUAUUCCUCAUACUCUAGAAACGGUUGAGAUUACGGAUCAAUUUUCAAAUGUUGUUCAGAUGAGAUCAUCAAUCUCGAGCGCUGAAUUACCAAUUACAACAACAACAGCAAUAAUAAAUGACAAAAUUAGCAAUAAACCAAAUCGUGGUGGGGUAUCAAUGUCGCAGUGGAACCCAUUUGAGGAUGAAGAUCCUACGCCGUUCAAUCAAAUGACAGAAGAUCUUAUCUAUGAAGCCGAAUUUGAUGCUUUAAGAGACCGACCUAGUGCACCAAAAGGGAAUGACAUCAAUUCACCCAUCCGAAAUACUGGCAAUGUACAAGAUUUAUCAUCACCAAUAUCACAGGCCUCUCAAACAUCGUCCUCAUCCAUAUCGUUGAAUGGACCGCCGUCAGAAGCGCCACCCCCAUUACCUCCACAACUUUCUCAAGAGGAGAAAUUAGAAGAUGGAGAAGCAUCUGAGGAUCCUUUUGCCUCAGCUCCAUUCAGCUUACCGUCGGGUUUUCGACGUGCUUCCCAGAAAGCAAACCGACGUUAAAAAAAAUCGAAAGAAAAAUAUUUACAAAAACUUCAUGUGACACACAAAUCACAAAUGAUAGUGUUUUAUGCCAAUGAUGACGAUUCCUUAUAUUGAAAUUAUUUUUUGAAUAAUUGUAAAAUUAUAGAAUGUUGAUGAGCUCUAUUGUAUUAGAAACAAUUUCUAUGCCCUACAUAUUUAUAGGUCUGAGAAAAACGAGGAAUUUUAUAAAUUUAAAGAAAAAAUGUUUAUUUCCAUUUUCCUAUUCAUCAAUUUCACAAGGUAAAAAAAAGAAGCAAAAGCAAGAGUGAAAGCAAAGAAGAAAAAACACGAUAUCAGCAAUUGAUGGAUCUAUCCUAUUUAUGAAAAAUAUCAAUAACUAAUUAAUUUCUAUUAUUAUUGUUAAAAUGGAGAAAUAAUCAUAUUCUAAUUUAUUACAUAUGUUCGGCUUGUUUUCCCUUAUCUCUUCUUGCAAUUUCAAUUUCAAACAAUCAUGUCAAUCAAUUGAUUAGGUAAAAUGAAAUAUAAAUGAAAUGUUUUAGCAUUUGUUUUGUCACAUGUGAACAUUCUCUUCCAAUUAACUAUGAAUAAU